AUGGAGGGCAUUGCUGCAAGGAAGAAGAGAAUGGAGGAUGAUCAACUUCAGAUGUUCGUGGGCAAGGUUGGUUCAGGUGGCACUCUCACUCUCAAUCAAGCCAAGCAAUUGAUGAUACAAGUGGCGGCCACAUCAUCCAAUACCACAAACAUCUUGCAUGAUGCCAACAAUAAUAGUGAUGAUGAACUAUCUGAUGUGUCAUUAUCUGGAUACUCAAGAUCGACCAACUCCUUGCCAUCUACAUCAGCGUCACAAUCAACAUUAGACCCUCACUUAAGAAUGGAACGUGAUCUCGAGACAAAGGAUCACAUCAUUGGCAAGUUGAGAGAGGAGCGCGCAGCUUAUGAGAAGUACUCAAAGGAGUUGGAGGCAGAGAGGAGUGAGCUGCAUCAGGAGAACAAGGCAUUGUCGAGUAAGAUGCAUAUUGUUGACAACUGUUUGUUCAAUAUCGAGCAGUUGGAGCGCGAGAAUGAUGCCUUACAGGCAAAGAUGGAGGCACUGUCUCGCGACCUUGCCGAAGAGAGACAGUGCCGCAAGAAGACCGUACACGAGAAGAAGUUGAUGGAGAUGAGCUUCUCGACCGAUCUUCUUCAGAUGACCAAAGAGUUGGAGCAGGGCAGCAAGCAAGCAAUGGAUCGUGUUAGACUCGUAUUCAACACCGACACACCUGGCAAGCCAGACCAAACUCAAUCAGACCCGAAGGACAACUCCAACUGGUCCAUGAAGUUGCUCAAAGUUCAAAGGCUCAACAUCCAGUAUACCAAGAAGAAGAGCAUGUACUUGUUAGAGAAUGGCAGAAUGAGAAGGACGCUGGAUGAUAGAGUUGGUGAUGAUGGAAGGCUGGAGAUUAGACAGUUGGAUCAUUUCCAGGAUGUUAUCAAUCAGUUUGAAAAGGUGUAUAGUGAGUGCUGGAGGAAACAUGAACUGGUCAAACUAAUUCAUCCAAAGAUGUUGGAAGAGAUCAUGUCAUUGCAGAGAUCAAUCAUUGUUGACAAUGGCCUAAACAUCAGCGGUCGACUCAUCACUUCAUCAAGCAAUGAUGAGCUGCUCAAUGGCUUUGUUGGUGGUGGACAGCACAUCUGGGACGAAGAGGUGGAGGAUGUUAACAUUGAGCGAUUCAAACAAAUGUUGGAUCAAUUGGCAAGUGAUGGACAACAAACACAGGUCGAUCAAUCUGACAUGAAUGAUCAGUAUCAGUUUGGUCUGUGGAGAGAGCUGUUCGCACGAGGCACCCACAUGGUUGGACAAUGCAUGGCCACACUCAAGGACAUGCAGACAGAGUCCCUGCAACAGCUGCCUACCCACUGCGAUGUGAACGACCCACUCGAGAUACGUCUCGAGGCACUGCUCGAUAUAAUUGAGCCAUACCUUGCGGAUCACGAUGAUGGCGAUGACCACAUUGGAGAAGACAAUGAUGAGUUGUUGCAAGAGACGAUCGAUGAGCUUAGCAAUGACCUCGUGUCCAGCACACAGGCCAUGCACGACCGUAUGAUCAAGGCGACAGAAUAUCACAAUAGCGCACAGAAUGUGAUUGAUGAGGUGAGCGACUUCCUUGAUACGAUUAGCAAGGAGCAGGACAAGAUUGAGAAGUUCAAGAAUGAUGUGGCCACACAAGGCGAGACCAAGACCAUCCAAUACCACGCACUUCAAAAGAUGGUCUCCAGGCUUCUCAGUCUAAAGAGUGGCGCUCAACUACUUGUUCGUCUGCGAGAACUACAAUCCACACCAUUCAACUACAUAGCCACCAAUGAGGAUGAUGAUCAUCUUGAUGUGAUGGUCGCGAGCGUCAUACGUAGUCUUGGUUCGUCCACACCAUCAGAGUCUGAGGCCACAACAACAACCAGUUGGCUAAUGCCUACCAACUUCAAAAGAAUCUCGGAAGGACAGUAUCAGUUUGGAACGAUCACGAUCAAUACGACCAUACUCUCUGGCAAGCUGGUCGUUCGUGUUGGCGGAGGAUUCAUCACAUUCCAGGAGUAUCUCGUCAAGCAUGGUCGCGCCCAAUGUAUCAAGUUGUUGCAGUCGUCUCGUUAA